AUGAAAAUCCUAAGUUGGAACUGCAAGGGGUUGAGGAGUCCUCGUGCACUUCGAGCCUUGCAAAGGCAUAUUCGAAAUGAAAAUCCCACCCUUUUCUUUCUGAUGGAGACACACCUGAAGGAUGGGGAGCUGCAGGUAAUUAAGUAUAAAAUUGAUUUUGAGCAUGUUUUCUCUCUUGAGUGUGUUGAGUAUGGAAGAGAAAGGGUGGGUGGUCUAGCAAUUUUGUGUUUAUGUUUUUUCUCUCUAGCAAGUUUUGAAGAGAGAUUUCAGAAGGAAUCUUUGCUAAGUUCAUCUGCUGUUCGACCGACCUUGGUUAAGAUAUUGCUCCAGUUAUUGAGGGUGCUGUUAACCACAUUGCCUCGAGAAGAUUUGAGUUUGGAGCUAUACCCAUGUUGUGCUGAAGAUGACUUUGCUUAUCUGAAGACCAAAGAUCAUUGUCCUGUGGAGACACAUACCCUUCCUGAUGGACAGGUGAUAACAAUUGGAAGAGAAAGAUAUACAGUUGGUGAAGCUUUAUUCCAGCCAAGUCUAUUGGGUUUAGAGGCUCAUGGCAUUGUAGAGCAGCUUGUCCGUACUAUUUCAACAGUGACAUAUGAUAAUCAUCGGCAACUUCUGGAAAAUACUGUGGUUUGUGGUGGCACUUCUUCUAUGACUGGUUAACCGAUGGUUGUCAAGUUGUGGUUAUAAGCUUUGGUAUGAGAUUCGAAUAUUCUUUGGAGGACCUGACGAUAAUGAAGCGCUUGCUUACGGUAUGAGAAUAGCCAAACAUCCUGACAUUGUGCUAACUGUUGUUAAAUUUGUGUCUCCACCCGGAACAAUAUUAUCAUUCAGCGCUAAGUUAGUCGGUGUUGCAUCGGUAGAAUAUACUAUGUUAGGAAGAAUGUAAAUAGGUUAACAGUUGAUUGUAUAUUAUCAAAGAAUGUAAAUAGGUUAACUGGUGAUUGUAUGUUAUCAUUUCAUCAUUAAUUUUUUUACUGAGGUACUUUUGAAUUUUCAUUUGUAUCAUAUUUCCAAACAAUGAUAUUAUUAUUAUUAUUAUUAUUAUUAUUA